GUGAGCGAGCCAAUGAAAGCGACAGAGCGGCAGUUUUCCUAAUCAUUCGAAUCUUAUUUACAUCGCAAUCGCAACUGGGUGCUUGGACGCGUUCUGACUGGUUUCAGGGAGUUUCCAGCAAGUCAUUUAUCCGUCGUGACCCGAAUUCGAAAAGGACCCUAGUGUUUGUUUUCUUGGCGUGCUCGUGAUCGCCUCCGCAUUCCCAGGUUACGAACGCUUUUGCAUUCGACCACAUCGCAAAGAUGGUUAGAAUAAAGCGAACGAGAACUGCCAAGGUCAGAAAGGUGUUCAGCUCCAGCAGCGAGAACGACUCGAGCGAACCCGAUGCGAAAUCUAAGGAAAGACGGACGAAAACGGCGCGCCACGUCGACUCCGCGCCGACGUCCAACUCCCCGGGACCGAAUCCCAGCGCCGUUCCCAAGUCGGCCGAAGAAGUCCCGGCCAAGUUUGGUCGUCGGCGAAAUUCCCGACGUAUUGCCACCGCCCGUUCGGACGACGACUCGCUUGGUGCCGCAGCCGAACCGUCGACGUGCGUCUCGGACUCCUCGAUGGAGCUGUGCAGGACGUCCCUGGGAACGCCGCCGUAUGCCACGACAGUGGACGCUUGCGUGGCGGAGACGCCGCCGGCCAAGCGACGUCACGACUCGCCCGGCCGCCCAGGUUCAAACUCGCCACGGGCCUCGACUCCCAAGGCCUCGCCGGAGUUGACGUCGCCCGGAGACGUCUUGUUCAGCGAGCAGUCGUUCAGCGAGCAGUCGUCGUGCGACGAGCAAGUCAGGGGCCAAGUGUCGGCCAUCAUCGACUCCUUGCCCGGCGUGGAUGGGCUCGACUCGUCCGAGGCUGGCACCGUGGCCGGUCCGGCCGACCCGGACCGUCCUCUCGAAGGUGCCAAGGUGCACGUGGAGGUGCGCUGUGGCUCGCAAGACCUCUCCGGCACCCUGGAGGCCAUCCUGGAGAAGCUGGGGGCGGAGGUGUGCGACACCGUGGGGCCCCAGCUGACGCACGUGGUGUUCCGCAAGGGCCGCGACUCGACGCGCGACACGGCGCUUCGCUGGAACAUUCCGCUCGUGGGUCCUCUCUGGGUCGAGGGGUGUCGCGUCGAAGGCAGGGCAGUGUCUCCGGCCAAGUACCCGGCCGUCGCCCCCGACACCGACAAGCGGCGCAUGCUCCACAUGAAACACGAGUCCGCAGCGCUCCAGCCUGCAAGAAAAGCCGAGGGUUUGGGACCCCCGACGCAAGAACGGCACGCCGGAUCGAGGAGUCCCGCGAGUCCGGCGGCCACCUCUCCGAGGUCGUCGACGGCCAAGAGCCGGUCGGCCCGGCGUGUUUCGCCAACCCUUGGGAGUCCUUCGACCUUGCACCAACCCUCUACCCGUCCCAAGAAGGUGGGGCGGACCAAAGCAUCGCCACGGACGAAGCGUUCCACUCCUUCCAAGCACGUCGAGUACCGAGGAGACGAGGAGAACCACGUUGUCUUGGACGUACGGCCACUAGAGCGGAGGCCGAGGUUGCCCGACGGAGCGUUGUCGGAAGACGGCGACUUUGUCGACGAAAACGAGAAGUCCAAGAAAGGGCGGCUUUCCUCUGGAAUCGUUGAGGUUCCUAAAAUACGAAGGGGGUCAGGGGCAGCGGCCGUGAGGAUGCGAGACUGCCAACCGUCCCAGGAAGGAAAGGACCAGGGGCCUUCCGUCGUCAUGACCAGCGUUCCGCCAGAGGACCGGGUAGUGCUGCGCAGCGUGGUACUGGCGCUGGGCGGCUUCCGAGUGGAAGCGGAGGUGACCCCUGGCACGACGCACCUGGUGGUGGGAGGGGCCGUGCGCACCCUCAACCUGCUCUUGGCCAUGGCCAGGGGCUGCUGGGUGCUGUCCACGGACUGGGUGUAUCGAUCGCUGGAGGCGGGGCACUGGCUGGACGAACGCCCCUUUGAAUUGGGCAACAUGUUUCCGGCAGUUCGGUUGAGCAGGCAAGAGCGGGCAGUGCGCGGCGAGGGAGGUCUGCUGGCCGGGACGGGCGCCUUCUACGUGUCCCCGGAGAGCCGUCCCCCACCAGACAAGAUGAGGCAGCUCGUGCAGAUCCUCGGGGGAAAAGUGGCUCUCUCGUACCUACGCUGCAACGUGGCCUUGGGUCCCGUGGAAGCCAGCAGGCGACGACCCGACGUCAGGCACGUCUCGGAGAAGUGGCUGCUGGAUUCUGUUUCGGAGCACCGCGUCCUGCCCUUCAGCGGUUACAGCUGAACCGGACCAAGCUCAGUCGUUGCAAGUUCUCGAGUCUUCCAUUCAGUCCCGCGAGCAAGUUGCUCCGAACAAAGUGCCGAGUAAUGCUGCUGUCGACGUGAAACGGGAUACUGUUACGCAUUGCAGGUCCUUGACGAAGGCUGCAGCAUAUUGUCUUGGGUUUUUGUUUUAUCUUUUUUUGUCUUUGCUGUUUCCCGUCAGUCUGCCAAACUCGACUGCCACCUCUUCAGACUCUCUACUAGUAGAACUGGCUCGAAACCAUAGGUUGUUGAGUUUUCAUAGUCUUUAUGUACUGUUUGUGAAGAUGUACUCAUGAAAAUCUGUCAGAGUUUCAACACCAGCUUGGAACUCUGCAUUGAUAUUCUUCAGCCGAUUUUAGAAAGAGUCCACUUUCGUAAUCUGUAGUGCAUUGCCCGCAACUUCAUGGCGAUGGUAUUCAUUGCACUUUGUAGUCACAGCGCUGCUCGGUGAGUAAGAAAUUGUGCACUGUUUUUGGCUUUGUCUUCCCAAUGUUUUUGCAAUACGACAUAUCUGAAAUAAUUAAAUUGCAUGCCUUUCUUUCAGUUGAGCUGAUAGAAGUCUAAUAAGCUCAAAAUAUAGAAUCAGAUUUUGUGUGUUUCUAUAUAGGCAACAAAAGUGUCAUAAUUGUUAAGGGGAAACAUAAACCUAAAUUUAAUUUUUUUUUUUAAUUCAUUUUUUUAUAUUUGAGGUUUUUGGCUUCAGAAACUAAUUAUACAGCUUUAUACUAAAUUUGAUAACCGUGCACCAAAUAGUUACAUUGAUAUUAAAUUAGUUCAACACAGGGUGAAGCAGUAACAAAGCAAAGGACUUUAAUGUUUGAAUGCAUUUUUCUCAGUUCCACUUUUUUACUGCGAAUUUCAUAGGAAGGAAUCCUUUGUUCGGAGGUAAAAGUAUUCUGGUACCACAGUCAACAUGUUUCUUUACUGAAAUUUAUUUAUCUGCCUCGGAUAUUUUUAGGUAACCACUUCCUGAAAUAUUUACACUUGAGUUAUAAAAACUAGGUAGUCGCACAUCCGCCACUUUAUAUUCAAGCCAAGCAGUCAAAAUGCUGCUUAAUAGCUUCAUUUGCAUAUCAUAGAUCUCUUAACAAAGAGUGACACAUCUUAUGCAGGUGUGCAAAAUUGUCCUAGAGGACUGAAUGUUUGCACAGUACACAAACAUCUGGGCCCGUUUGCUCGAAGCCGGUUAACUUUAACCGCGGUUAAAAGUUAACCGCCUUUCCCUACUAGGUACCUAAAAGUACCUAGCCAAGUUUGACGAGGGCUGGAUAAACGAUAGCUCCCUGUUUUAUUAUUGGGGUGGUAGCUGGUGUCACCUCCUGGCUGUAGCGAAUAUAAGUGGCUUCCGUAGAGAGGUUCCCUAAAUGGGGGGGGACCCAAAAAUGCGCGCUACCGUGUUUUCGCGACACAGCGCGGCAUACAUUUGAGCUCAAGAAACAAUUUUUAUUGCUCGUGGUACAGGUAAUCGGUAAGGUCAAACUAAAUUAACCCUUGUUAGGAAAAUUUCUUAAUACUUGGCUGUCUGAAGUGAAGACAAGCCUCGUUGAAAUUUCCUUCCGAGUUCGAAAGUGGACGACGAAGUUCAGUCCUAGAAACGAUGAGAAAGAAGUGAGCAGUGAAAGGCGAGCGUUACACCGGCAGUAUGGUUGGCCAGCCUGUAAGAACUGUAUAUAACACCGUCAUAAAUUGAAAAACCUGUAAUUCGGUUUCAGUGAAAAUUUGAGUUAUUAGUAAAUUACCCUAACAUCGACGAGAACACUGGAAGUGUAAUUCAACGAUCCGCGCGCGCUGGCCUUCCACUUAUAGAAUAUUCGAAGUAAAUAAUCAUAAUAAAUCUUUGACGAACACGCGUGCACGGCAAAUUUGUUGUAGGCUUUUUGCUUUAGAAUACUUACUACUGCAGACGCCAGCACGCGCAGCGCGUGUACCUACACUCUACUCUGUUUCACCUCAUGAUGUACCGCAGGAAAGGCUAAAAGCGCGAGCUCCUUGCUCUAGGGCACAUCUCGGCGGCACAAGCUCGCGCGCGUUGAGAGCAACUGCUAAUGCCAUGAGCUCGCGCUUCUAGCCUUCUCCGCGGUACAACAUAAGGUGAAAUGGAGUAUCGCAGCAUGCACCUCGGUGCUUGCGAAAUUUAGCAAAAGGUCUAUGGGGACGCUGUCUGCUUCUGUGUGCUAUCAGUACCCGGCCGAUUGAGUCAAGGCAAUCCACUUUUCAAAGACGUUGCCAUGCCGACAACUAUCGCGUUCAUUUAGGCCUAGGAAUCGCCAGAAUCGAAAGACUAUCUGAAAAAUGCGGUGAGGUGAUUGCUCAUGCUUUGCGUUUUAAGUGAGGUAAAACAAAUCAAAAGCCUCCUGCACCAUUCAUUGUUGACAAACGCGCCCGAUAUUGUAGCUACAACGACGUAUUAGUUCCAAAGCGAGCGGCGCUCACUCACCGGGGCACCGCCAUGUUUCCCCGCCGUCCUCGCUCUGCCGGUCACGUGACCUAAAAUUCCCUCUCGUAAGGAAAUCCGGUUAACCGCGGUUAGUUAACCAGCUUCGAGCAAAGGGGCCCUGAUGUUAAAUCUCCCCUGCAAAUUUCAUUCCAAUUACAUGAGUAGCUCAGAAGUUAAAUCUCUAGCCAGCAAAUGCCAUGUCUACUCUUGGCUUAUUUGUUUCUGGAAACUGGCACAUGUUUUCUUGUCAGUGCAGGAUUCAAUAUCCCUUGUUUGUCUUCUAUCAAGUCCAUGCUUUUUGUCUGCAUGCAUGAAUAUGCCACAAAUGCAGUCCCGCCUUGCCUCUUUCUUUUCUAUUGAAAGGCCACUCUGCCUAAGUCGGAUGAAAACAAACAUGACUGAUAAUUAUUUUGUGUGAGGAAGUCUGCCGAAUAAAGGGCGAACACAUUUGAUGAACGCCUGCAAGGCACAUAUGCUUCCGCUAGAUUAUAGACCAGCACACUGUUUACGAGCAAGCCCGCGGGUGGAGGCACCGGGGUACCACCGCAGAGGCGUGACGUCGGAGCCACGUGUUGGUCUCUAGACAUUCUUUACUGUGAACGGAGUCCUCGUUUCACAUUCUCUGUUACAUCUUUUGACAACGAGAGGUCCAGGGCUAACCCUUCACGUAUACUAAUUUUCCAUUUCACUUGCCAUCUGUGGACGAGGGUUUUGUUUAGUGAAUUCUUGAAAUUGACAAGAUUUAUUUUGAAUGUAUCAGUUUAGCAGAAGAUAGUGCUAUGUGGUGCACUUGGUAGCAGACAAUGUGUACAUUAUGUAUAUAAAUGCCAGCUUACGCAA